CGGCCUUGCUGCAACUGGAGCAUCAGCUCCACCUCUCCCAAAUAUUUUGCUGUUCGUUAGCCUGAAUUCCAGAGGCAAAACUUCAAUUCGGAACAGGAUAGGAUAACAAAGGAAUGUAAACUAUGGAUGAAUCCAGUAGUUCUUAUACAACUUCUACUUCAGAGACAGAGGCCAUGUCCCUGUCCUGUUUCUUCAAUCCUCAUCACGGCUGUCUGUUGCGUGCCAACGGCCAUGGUGAGGUGUGGACAGACUGGAACAGCACGGCCAAGUUCUUUCAGUAUGGCUGGAGGUGCACCACCAACGAGGACGCUUAUGCCAACAAAACCCUCUUGGGGAACUGGAACGAAGAGCGCUACGACAUUCGGAGAGUACUUCAGCCCAAGCCUCUCCCUUCCCAGUAUGCUCACUACUUUGAAUCCACCUACUCUUCAGACUACUCCAAGAAAAUGCCACAGACUACAAGAAGAGUUAUUCAAGAACCUCACUGGUUCCCUGGACACCAGCCAGAACUGGAGCCGCCUCCUUUCAAGCCAACAGCUCGGUCCUGUUACAUGAUAGAUUACGACUCUCCACACAGCAAAGAUGGGAAGUCAUUGGCUGAUGGGAAGCCCAAGGAAUCCGAUGGGACGCAGCCAACACAGUAGGAUAAAGGGGGGAGGGGGGACCCUCCUCAAUCCCCGGAUAACCUGGAUGGCCUCCAAGACUCUGCUUACAAGACUGGGUUGACCCUUUCCUUCCCUUCCCCACCUACCCACUCCAAGGUGAGCUUGCCGUGCAGCUGAUCCUAAAUGGUGUUUGUAAAUAAAAGAGUGUGCACCACA